GACUUACAUUCAUCUUUAUCAAUGUCACUGAGAUUUUCAAAAUUAAUUAUGUUUUUGUAAAUUUGUCGUCCUUACAAAAAGGCUAUGCCCAAUUCCAGCUUCAUGGGCACCUUUAGCAAAAAUUACCACAACCUGAUCAGCAUAUUCGCCAACAACGAUUCCGAAUCCCAGAAUCCUCAAAGGACGAAUGCUUUUAACAUGAAACGCAAUCGGAGAGCCAAUCUGCUGACCCAAAAGAAGUUGAUUGUCCUCAAUGGAGAAAGCAGUAAAGAACCGGCAAAGAAACCAAAAGUUGCAAUACCACAAAAAAGUUCGAUUCCUAAGGAGUAUAAGGCGCAACACAUAGCGAACCUUUGCGAUGUAAUUCGAAUAGACUUGGAGCAAAUCAGCGAUGAGGUAUUUUUCGAGACCAAGUGGAAAAUAUUGGAUGUGCUGAGGGAUGCACAGCUGAAGCAGCUGCAGGACACGGUCCGAAGCAGAGCUGAAGAAUCAAAUUGCACGUGCCUAUGAAGAUUAAUUCAAACAAAAGAAAAUA